CUCAAUUGCUCUGCAAUAUCCGUCACCAUGGCAUUCUUGGGGCCCUCCGCUCCUUUGCUGCGGAGCUUUGCCCCUCGUCUAUCGAAUAACCUCUUCAGUUGCCGUCAAUGCGCUGUCCGAACCCAAAAUUAUGUAUCCACAUCCGCUUUUUCCCGCAAGCAAUUCUUGACGCCGCCCAGCGUUCGCAAUGCUGUCAACACAAUUUCUCUGCGCUUCAGAGCCCAGAGCACCCUUGCUUCUCGUCCUGGAUAUGCCGCCCGACUCAAUUCUAGUGAAGAGGCGAAGAAAUCGUUCUUUCCCCCGGUCACCGAUAAGAAAGUAGCCUACUGGUUGUUGGCCAGUGCGGCCAGCGUUUUUGGAAUCGUCGUAUUCGGAGGUCUUACUAGGUUAACGGAAUCAGGUUUGAGUAUCACAGAAUGGCGCCCCGUUACCGGAUCCCUUCCCCCCAUGAACGCCGAAGACUGGGAGUCUGAAUUCUCCAAGUACCGUGCCUCCCCCGAAUUCCAACUUCUGAACCCGAACAUGACCCUCUCCGAAUUCAAGUCGAUCUACUACAUGGAAUGGAUUCAUCGUCUCUGGGGCCGCUUUGUCGGUUUGUCGUUCGUGCUCCCGGCUGUCUACUUUGUCGCAAGAAAGCAGGUCAGCAAGCCGAUGACUCUGCGCCUUGCUGGCAUUGCGGGUUUGAUUGGCUUCCAAGGAUUCCUCGGUUGGUGGAUGGUUAAAUCCGGACUCAAGGACGACCUUUUCGCUCCAGGCAGCCACCCCCGCGUCAGCCAGUAUCGUCUCACCGCGCAUCUCGGCGCUGCCUUCGUCUGCUACACUGCUAUGCUUUGGAACGGCCUUGCUAUCCUGCGCACGCACUUCCUCCUCAAUGAUCCGCAACUCAGCCUCAAACACCUCAAAAAACUUCGUUCCGCCUAUCUGAGGGUCUUCCGCCGCUCCGUCGCCGGGUUGGCUGUGCUGGUCUUCGUCACGGCCAUGACCGGUGGCCUUGUCGCCGGUCUGGACGCGGGCCUCAUUUAUAACGAAUUCCCCUACAUGGGCAACGGACUUACCCCUCCCAAGAACGAGCUCUUUGACGAACGCUAUUCCCGUCGCGAAGACCGCUCCGAUCUCUGGUGGCGCAACAUGCUGGAGAACCCCUCCUUGGUCCAGCUCGACCACCGCAUCCUGGCAAUGACCACCUUCACCAGCAUCAUGGCCCUGUUCGCCUACACUAAGACCCGCAACAUGAAGCGCUACCUGCCCUAUGCGGCGCGCAGAGGUGUCCACGGUGUCGUGGCUUUCGCCGUCUGCCAAGUCGGACUGGGUAUCUCGACCCUGCUCUACCUGGUCCCCACCCCCUUGGCCUCCGCUCACCAGGCGGGAAGUCUUUUCUUGCUCACCUGGGUGCUGGUCCUUGGUAGCCGUGUCUGGCACCCAAGUCGGACGCAAAAGCUGCUCAAGGAUGCCGUUGCCUUGUCUAAGAAAGUCCGUCGACCCAAGUCUACCUCGACGUGAUAUACCCUGUACGAUCAAAGGAAUCACGGGGGGAAAGCUUUUGACGUAGACAAAUUACGUGUUUCUUAGCCCUGCCACAAAAUGACUUCGGCUGGCUUUUUCCAGCCUGCUCCUGUAUUAUACCUACGACGUUUCAUCCUCUCUACUUUCCUCAAAUUUUUUUGUACAAUAAAUUCGCAUUUUUAUGUCAUCGUCGCUGAUGAUACUUCGAUAGAUCAUUUGGUAAAACUGGAAGAUGCAGG